CAAGCCGGGGGCUCGAGUGAACGGCGCGGCUGGCGGCGAGCGCAGGCGGGCGGAUCCCGGCCAUGUCGCGCUGGCUGUGGCCGUGGUCGAGCUGCAUGAAGAAGCGGGCCUGCCGCUACCUGCUGCAGCACUACCUGGGCCACUUUCUGCAGGAGCGGCUGAGCUUGGAGCAGCUUAGCCUGGACCUGUACCAGGGCAGCGGCGGGCUGCGGGACAUCCACCUGGACGUGUGGUCUGUGAAUGAACUGCUGGAAUCUGUGGAAUCCCCCCUGGAGCUGGUAGAUGGCUUUGUGGGCUCUAUUGAGGUGGCCGUGCCGUGGGCUGCCCUCCUCACUGACCACUGCACGAUGCAGGUGUCUGGCCUGCAACUCACUCUGCGGCCACGGAGUGGACAAGUGCCUGGGACGGCUGAGUCUCAGAGCUGGACAUCCUGCAUGACCACCAGCCUGCAGCUGGCCCAGGAGUGCCUUCGGGAGGGGCCCCCUGAGCCUUCUGAGCCCCCCCAGCCCCUGGAGGGGCUCGAGAUGUUUGCCCAGACCAUCGAGACCGUGCUUCGGAGGAUCAAGGUGACCUUCCUGGACACCAUCGUGAGAGUGGAGCACAUGCCAGGCAGAGGAAGCUGUGGCAUGGCCGUGGAGAUCCACAUUCAGAGACUGGAGUACUGUGAUGAGGCCGUCCGGGACCCGAGCCAGGCUCCCCCUGUGGAUGUGCACCAGCCUCCCGCCUUCCUGCACAAGCUACUUCAGCUCUCGGGCGUGAGGCUUCACUAUGAAGAGUGUCCCCCCACUCAGGAAGAGUCCCCUGGCCCCCCCCUGCAGAUUGGCAGCUGCUCUGGGUACAUGGAGUUGACUGUAAAACUGAAGCAGAAUGAGGCCUUCCCUGGACCCAGGAUGGAGGUGUCGGGGCAGUUAGGCUGCCUGCACUUACUCCUGGCCCCCCAACAUCUCUUGCAGCUGCAGGACCUCCUCAGUGCCCUCAGCCUGGCAGACACAGAGGGGCUGUCAGAGAAGACAAACAAGAGCCGCCCCCUCGGGGCUGAAGACCUGAAGCUUAUUGAGCAGGACCUGAGCCAGCAGCUGCAGGGGGGAGGCCCGGCCCUCUCCUCUGACCCUCUGGUGGGCAUGGACAGCACAGAUCUCUUCUUCUCCAUGGCUGCCCUGACCAGCAGCGUGACCUCAGCCCGCUCUGUCUCUGAGCUCUCCCUCUCUGAUGUGGACUUGGGCUCAUCUGUGCACAGUGAGGGGACCCCACGACGCCCCCAUAUUCACCCUGCCCUCCAUGGCCUCAGCCGUCUGCCUGGCAAGAGUGCAGCCCCCAUCCCCCCCGAGAGCCUGCGUCCAGAGUCCCUGCUGAAGGUGACCCUGGGAGGGAUGACAUUGACGGCCCUGCAGCAACCCCCUGGGGCACCCCCUGGCUGCCCCCCUGACCUGGCUGCCCGGUUCUUCGCUGAGUUUGACGCUGCCAAAGAGGGGCCCUUUGGGUCCCGGGACUUCCACCAUCUCCGGCCCCGCUUCCAGAGGGCCUGCCCCCAAAGCCACGUGAGGCUCACAGGCUCGGCGGUGCAGCUGAGCUGGGAGCAGCGAGGAGGGUCUGGGGGUAGGGGCCGUGCCUUUAGCACCGACCUGCUCUUCGGUCAGCUGGAGGUGCUGGAGUGUCUGUGGCCUCAAGGGGUAGCCGAGCCUGAAUACACAGAGCUCCUGAGCUUCCCCAACGGCUCUGGUUUUGGGGCCUCUGCCAGACCCUGUGCACACCUGCGGUAUAUCCAGACCCAGCGCCGGAUCCCCAAGAGCCACCCCCGGCGGGCAGCCUCAUGCCGCUGCACCUCUGACUUGUCCCUGGAACUGGCCGAAUUCCAGUCUGAUGUGGAGCUGGGGGCCCUGGACCGGCUCAUGGCCCUGUUCCAUCUUGCCACGACCCCACUGGACCGGGAGCAGGGCCUGCUGGGAGAUCCUCCUUGUGCUGUGGAGCGCCAGACGGCCGUGCGGGUCGUGGCCCCCCAUGCCACCUUUCGGCUGCGGUUCCCCAUCCCUGACCUGCGCCCGGAGCGUGACCCCUGGGCGGGCCGGGCUGUGCGGGAGGAGCUUCUCCGCCUUGAGAUGACUGACUUGGAGUUCCAGUCAGAGCUGAGCCAUGGCCCCAGCCCUCAGGCCCCCACACGCUUGGAGCUGACCUGCAGUGACCUUCAUGGGACUUACGAGGACAGGGAGAAGCCUGCCGUCCCUUGCCUUCGUGUCUGCAAAGCCCUGGACCCCCGGGGCCCUGGCCGCAAGUAUAUCCUGCCCAAGGCAGUGGUGACCCUGAACCCCCAGUACAGCAGUUCCCAGUGGGAUCUGCUGCUGGAGAAGGGCGAAGACCUGGAGCUAUCAUCGGCUGAAAGUCCCUGCGAGCUGCGGGAGCCGGAGCCCUCGCCCUUUUCCUCCAAGAGGACCAUGUAUGAGACUGAAGAGAUGGUGAUUCCUGGUGAUCCCGAGGAGAUGGGAGAAUUCCAGAGCCGGACGCUGGCCCUGUCCCGCUGCAGCCUGGAGCUGACCUUGCCCAGUGCCCAUGUCUUCCUGCCCAGCAAGGAGGUCUAUGAGAGCCUCUACAACAGGAUCAACAAUGACUUGCUCAUGUGGGAACCGGGAGACCUGCUCCCUGACCUCGUCCCUGCUGCUUCUGUGGCCGCCCCUGGAUUCCCCGGGCCUUCUGUCUUCUGGCAGGAUAACUUCAAGAUGUGCAAGUCUGCCUUUAAACUGGACUCAGACUCUGAAGAUGAAGAUGCCCACUUUUUCUCAGUGGAUGAAUCAGGGGUUCCACAGCCCCCCGCACCAGAGCUCCGGAGUGCCCGAGCCCAGAGCACUUUCUCCACUCUGGUGACGGUGCUGAAGGGACGCAUCACUGUCCUCUGUGAGGCCAAGGGUGAGGGUGGCAAGAAGCUGGAGGACUCUCACGGCGAGCUGGUCCUUGAUGUGACCCAGGGCACCAUCUUCAGUGUCUCCCAGUACCUGGGCCAGCCAGGGCUUGGCUACCUCUGCCUUGAGUCAGAGAAGGCAGCUCUCUACCACCAGGCUGUGGUAGAUGACUACUUACUACCUUCCCGGCUCGAGGUGCCCAGCUUCACCCCCCCUGCUCACCUGGCGCCCACCAUUUACCCCUCGGAGGAAGGGGUGACUGAUCGGGGGUCCAUGGGCCGCAAGGGCCAAGGCCAGGGGCCCCGCAUGCUCUCCACAGCCGUGCGCAUUCACCUGGACCCCAAGAAGAAUGUCAAGGAGUUCCUGGUGACCCUGCGGCUACACGGAGCCACCCUUCGCCACCGCAUGGCCCUGCCCAGCCAAAGCUGGCACUGCCAGCUCCUAGACUUCUUGGACGUUUUAGAUGACCCCAUCCUUGGCUUCCUGCCGCCCACGGUCAUCACUGUCCUGCACACACACCUGUUUUCCUGCGCCGUUGACUACAGGCCUCUCCACCUUCCCGUGCGUGUCCUCAUCACCGCAGAGACCUUCACCCUCUCUAGCAACAUCAUCAUGGACACCUCCACCUUCCUGCUCAGGUUCAUCCUCGAUGACUCUGCCAUCUACCUGUCUGACAGGUGUGGGAGUGAGCCCCUUGAUCUGCGCAGAGAUUAUGUCUGUGUCCUGGAUGUAGAUCUGCUGGAACUUGUGAUCAAGACGUGGAAAGGCAGUACUGAGGGCAAACUGAGCCAGCCCCUCUUUGAGCUCCGCUGCUCCAACAAUGUGGUCCACCUGCACAGCUGUGCCGACUCCUGUGCCCUGUUGGCCAACCUGCUCCAGUACGUGGUGGGCUCUGGGGACCUGCACCCCCCGGCCCGGCCCCCCAGCCCCACUGAGAUUGCCGGCCAGAAGGUUCAGCUCUCCGAGAGCCCGGCCUCCCUGCCUGCCUGCCCCCCAGCUGAGACUGCCCUUAUUAAUCAGCGGGACCUGACGGAUGCCCUCAUAGAUACAGAGCGGAGCCUGCGGGAUCUGGCCCUGCCCCCAGGCGGUGGGCCCUUGCGGCAGGCCUCUCCCGUGUCUGUUUACCUGUUCCCAGGUGAGCGGGGUGGGGCCCAGCCCCCUCUGCCCCCUGAUGGGCCCCCCGAAAGCAGCCUUGGAGCCAAAGAGGAGGAGGGAGAAGAAGAGGAGGAAGAUGAGGAGGAUGGGGAUGGGGACGCCCUGGACAGUGAUGAAUUCUGCAUCCUAGAUGCCCCCGGCCUUGGCAUCCCUCCCCGGGACGGGGAGCCGGUAGUGACGAAGCUCCAGCCUGGCCCCAUCACAGUCCGGGACGGUCACUUCUCUCGACCCCUGGGCAGCACGGACCUGCUGCGAGCCCCUGCCCACUUCCCCGUGCCCACCAGCCGUCUGGUGCUGCGAGAAGUCUCCCUCAUCUGGCACCUCUAUGGGGGCCGUGAUUUUGGGCCCCACCCCAGCCACAGGACAAAAUCCGGCCUCUCGGGGCCCCGGGGCUCCCCGUCACGUUGCUCUGGCCCCAGUAGGCCCCAGAACUCCUGGCGCACCCAGGGCGGGAGUGGCCGGCAGCACCAUGUCCUCAUGGAGAUUCAACUCAGCAAGGUGAGCUUCCAGCACGAGACUUACCCUACAGAGAGGGCGUCGGCCCCAGGGGCCGAGCUGGGGGAGCAGCCCCUGGCUCGCCAGGUGUUCAUCGUCCAGGAGCUGGAGAUCCGAGACAGGCUCGCCUCCUCCCAGAUCAACAAGUUCCUCUACCUGUACACAAGCGAGAAGAUGCCCCGGCGGGCUCACUCCAACAUGCUCACUAUCAAAGCCCUCCAUGUGGCCCCUGAGGCCGGCCUGGGAGGCCCCGAGUGUUGUCUCCGAGUUUCCCUCAUGCCGUUGCGGCUCAACAUUGACCAGGAUGCCCUGUUCUUCCUAAAAGAUUUCUUCACCAGUCUGGCUGCCGGCAUAAACCCCGUCAUUCCGAUGGAGACAGCAACUGAAGCCCGCCAAGAUCCCACUGUGCGGAGCGGUGCCACCCAAGAGAAGCCGCCCGAGGGGGCGGAGAUGAGCAGCUCUCUGGAGACCACGGUCAGCAGGCAGAGCUCCUCGUCCGCAUCUGCCGAGCAGCCUGUUUACUUCAGGGAGUUCCGAUUUACCUCCGAGGUGCCAAUUUGGCUGGAUUACCACGGCAAGCACGUUACCAUGGACCAAGUGGGCACCUUCGCCGGGAUCCUCAUUGGCCUGGCCCAGCUCAAUUGUUCAGAGCUCAAGCUCAAGCGUCUCUGCUGUCGGCACGGGCUCUUGGGGGUGGAUAAGGUGCUGGGCUAUGCCCUCAAUGAAUGGCUGCAGGACAUCCGAAAGAACCAGCUGCCAGGGCUCCUGGGAGGCGUGGGCCCCAUGCACUCAGUGGUCCAGCUCUUUCAUGGCCUUAGAGACCUGCUGUGGCUCCCGAUCGAGCAGUAUCGGCGGGAUGGACGCCUGAUGCGGGGGCUGCAGCGGGGGGCUGCCUCCUUUGGGUCUUCUACGGCCUCAGCUGCCCUGGAGCUCAGCAAUCGCCUUGUGCAGGCCAUCCAGGCGACGGCCGAGACCGUGUAUGACAUCCUGUCCCCGGCUGCCCCCAUCUCCCGCUCGCUUCAGGACAAACGCUCUGCCCGAAAGCUUCGCAGGGGACAGCAGCCAGCUGACCUUCGGGAAGGUGUGGCCAAGGCCUACGACACUGUCCGAGAGGGCAUCUUGGACACGGCCCAGACCAUCUGCGACGUUGCUUCUCGGGGUCAUGAGCAGAAGGGGCUGACGGGGGCCGUCGGAGGGGUGAUCCGCCAGCUGCCCCCCACAGUGGUGAAGCCGCUCAUCUUGGCCACCGAGGCCACCUCCAACUUGCUGGGGGGAAUGCGUAACCAGAUCCUGCCUGAUGCCCACAAGGACCACGCCCUCAAGUGGCGGUCAGAGGAAUCCCAAGACUGAGGGUCAAUGGUCCGGCCACGGGGUCGGCUUCCCUGUGUCUCGGGGGACACUUGCACCCUGCGAGCUCGUGGGGCUCCCAGGUUGGGGCAUGAGGAUGCCCCACUUUGAAACUGACUCCCUAAGGCCCCCUGCCAACCCCCGUCCCCAUCCUUUGGGCCUGCGGAGGGGGAAGGGGCUGGGGGACCGUCCUGGGCCCAAGUCCCUGCUGCUGCUGCUGCUGCUGCCUGGCCCAGGAUGCUCAGACUUCUUUCAGCCCUGGCCCUGCUCCUCGCCAAGUGUCUGUCUUUCCGUGUUAUGAUGGGGGGAGGGCCAGGCCCUGGGACACACUGUGGUUCCCUGUAUCACUUUCUAAGCCCUCUGGAAGUGGGGGUCGCGGCUUCUGCAUGAUGUGGAAUAAAUUGUGCCCAUAGCCGCCA